AUGAACCCUCCAAUAUUUAGUUGCACAUAUGUGGCUCAUAAUUAGCAUCCAAUUAUAAAAUUUUGCUUAAAUGAGAAAUGUAAAGAAAAGAAGGACAAACUUUGUUAAAUUUGUUGGAAUGAAUCCCAUAAGGAUCAUCAAUUAGAUUGUUUCCCAAUUACAAUAUUAUAUUCUAUAUUACAGAUUCAUCUAAAAAAGUUAGAACAGCUCUUUUAGCAACACUAGUCUUUAUCAAAGAAAGAUUAAUGUGAUUCUUUUUCGCAAGAAUUAAUUGAUUAUCAAGAUAAAUUUAAGAAGCUAAUUAAAAACUAAUUAGAUGAAAUUCAUAUAUACUAAGAUAAUUAGAUAUUAAUUCAAUUUGCAAGGCAAUGUUACAAUAACUAAUUAUAGAAAUUGCUAAUAGCCUUUCUAUUGAAUCAACCAAUUGGAGAAACUGCAAAAAGUACAAUAAUUUAGAUUAUUCAACAUAUAUAUGCGUUUGAUGACUCUGAAUACUUGCUAUUAAUACUUACUUCAUAAAGUAUUUAAAAUGUUUAUCAAAUAUUCUAGUUGAAGACUUGCUUCAAUUAUGUAAAUAUAAUUUGGCACUUUAAAAAAUAAACUCUGCUCUUAAAUUUCAGCUAGAUUAUUUUUUCUUAGCCAAAAAAUGUAAUGUAUUUUAUAAUUUAGAUUCAAUAUUAAUUAUUAUGAGUAAGAAUUAAGAAGCAAACUAAUUAAUAUAUCAAGAUGAUUAUAAUAAUGAUACUAUUUUUUAAGGUCAGGUGAUGUAAUUUGUUAAUUACCAUUACUGUAACACUUUUUUUAUUUCGGUUAGAUAAACGAUAGCAUAUAAAUGAUGAUCGAUUUAAUAUGCAAUUGUUUCAAAGUCUAUCUCUUUUAGAUUAAGGUAAAAUAGAUGAGGCAAAUAAUGUUAUCAAAGCAGAAUUAUAUAAAAAGCCAGAAAGUUUAGAUAUAGUUAUGUUUUAUGGUAAUCUAUAUUUAUAAAGAAAGUUAAAUUUUUGGCUUUGUAUCAAAAUAAAUUUGAAGAAGCAAUUCAUUUUUGUAAAUAAGGAAUGGAGAAAUACCCUAACUGUUAGGCUUACAGUGAUGCAAAAUGUAAAUAUUAAUUAUUUUGAAGUUUUAUGUAUGCUUUUGUCGGAUCCAAAAUAAUAUUAUAGCAAUAAUUUAUAAAAUAUAAGCGAUGAAACAAAAAUUUCUUACGGUAAUGUAUUAGAAAAAAUAAUAGCUAUUGUAUUGAUUAGAUCAGGUGAAUUUUAGAAAGCCAUUGAGUGUCUAAAUUCAAUAUAAAAACAUUCAAAAAAGUAUCCCGAAGCUUAGAGUUUUCUAUGUAAUUGUUAAUUUUACAAAGUCAUUGCUUAAAAAUUAUUUUCUAAAAAUAAAGGAGGUUUUUCCUUUUAGUCAAUGGAUUAAUCUAGAUAAUAAAACUCACCACUAAUAUAAUUUAUUUAAGAGUGUACAAAGUUAUUUUAUGAAAGUGAAAAAUUUGUGUUUAGAAAAAAAAUUCUAAAGUGCUUUAGAUCUUGUUGAGAAGAAGUUAUUUUAGAUUCCUAAUAGUUUGUUUCUAAAUUUGAUUAAAUGUUAAAUUAAUUAUUUAAUUACAUAGCAAUUUGUUUAAUCGCUUUAAAAGAAUAUGGGAGAGCUGAAGAAUAUUUAAAUAUAGCAAGGUAACAAUAUCCAAAUGAACCUAUAAUCGAAAUUUGUUACGGUAUUUAAAAGGAUAAUUAAAAUUAGCAUACAAUUUAGUGGGAUUGAAAUAAUACCAAUAAGCUUUGGAAAUAAUUGAUAAUCAACCUUUGCAACAUGGAAAAUCAGAUUAUCUUGAAUUAAAAGGUAAGUUAAAUGUAUAUCAUAAAGGAUAAAUUUAUUUUCACUAAGGAUUAUUAGAUGCCUCACUUAAUUGUUUUAAGUAAUUACAAUCGAAUCAAAAUAAAAUGUCCAAAAUAGACAUAUACUUGGGUUAAUUAUAAGUAGAAUUAAUUAGGUUUGAUUCAUCAAGUAUAAAAAUAAUAUAAUGUUGCAAUCAAUUACUAUGAUCGGGCACUUUAAACUGAAACUGACAAGCCUUAACUACUUUACAAUAAAGGUAAUGAGAUAAUCGUGUAAUUUAGCACUUGCUAUUUUAGAUUACAACAUUAUCUAAAAAGUAUAGCCUAGUGAUGUAUCAUUAGAGGAAGCCAAAAAUAUCCUUCAAUCAAUCAAAGGAUAUUCAGAAUCUUAAUGGUUGUUAGGUUACUAUCUAUUAUAUAUUUAAGUUAUUCUAAAUUUUUAUUAAAACAAUUUUAAUGAGGCACACAGUUUAUUGGAAAUAAUAAAAAAUGAUACUGCAAACUCAGAAAAAGCAUAAAAAUUAUAAGGUAAUUAAAAUUGAUUUUUAGCAAAUAUUUAUUAUAAAUAAAGAGUAUUUGAGAAAUCGGUUAAUCUUUAUCAGAAAUUGAAUUUUUCAUCCUUAAAUAAGAUAGAUAUUUUGUAGUACAGUAAUUAAUAAUUAAUUAAAUUUAGUAAUUUCUGCACUUCUCAUAAAAAAUUUUGUAUUGGCUGAAUCAUUGAUCAAUAAGUCUUAGCAUUAAUUGAAAUCACUUUUUUACUUUUUUAAAGGUAUAACUUAAGCUUAUUCAGGUUUCCUUAUGGAAUUUUAAGGUAAAUAUUAAGAAUCUUUGCAAUUUUAUGAAGAAUUUUGUUCAUAAGAAUUAUCUAAAUAGGCUGUUACUGAAUGUCUUAAUAUAGUUAAGGCUGCUAAGCUAGCAUAAAGUUUAUUGCCAAUAUAUAUAUAUAGGGAAAAUAUUCAUAAGACUAUAAUAAAAUUAAAAGGUGAUUGAAUUUGAAAAUACCAUAAAAAAAGAAUAUCCAAAUCUUCCUUUAGAUACUAAUUAUCAAGGUAAAGUAUAUAUUUUUAAUAGACUUAUUGAUAAGCGAAUUUGAAUAAAUUCAUUAUAGAGCAACACCUAUUCUUAGUUAAUUAGAAAAUAUCAAUUUAAUAUUAUUAAUGGAUUUUACCAAAUGGUGUGUGCUUAUCGACAAACAUGAUUCUUUGAACAACUACUUAUUUGAAUGUAUUUUUAAAUAAUGA